AUGAAAAAUAAGCUAAAGGAAAGAAUUAACAAUUGGUUGGACAUAGGUGCUAAUAAACAAGUUUUGGACUGGAUUAAGGAAGGUGUAAAGUUUCCUUUUAUUGAUACUGUUGAAAAUUUUCAUUUUGAUAACAAACAAUUUUUUGCUGAAGAAAAGACGUUUAUUGCCUCUGAGUUGGAAAAACUGUUGUUUCAUGGGCAAAUUGAACAGUGUGAAAAGAUACCUAAAGGAGUUUCGCCAAUUAAUUGUGUAAAAAAGAAAUCCGGAAAAUUUCGUCUGAUUACUGACCUACGUUACAUUAACUCAAAAUGCAGUGCACCUAAAUUUAAAAAUGAGGAUAUUACUUAUGUUAUAAACAAUAUUGAGAAGAAGGAUUAUAUGGUCACAGCAGAUCUCAAAGAUGGAUUUUUUCAUGUUCGCAUCCAUGAAUCUCAUCAAGACUAUUUAGGUUUUUCAUAUGAAGGAGUUUAUUAUAGGUGGAUGGUUUUACCUUUCGGACAUUGUUGUAGUCCGUUUUAUUUUGCAAAAAUUUUGCGGCCUAUUAUUAGUUAUUUGAGGUCACAGGGAUUGAAGGUGGUAGUGUAUGUGGAUGAUUUUAUUUUGCUGGCGCCUGAGAGGCUUAUAGAAGAACAUAAGACUAUUUUGAUUCUUACCUUACAAGGUUUAGGUUUUAUCAUUAACUAUGAAAAAUCAUCGUUAGAACCUUCACUAGUGAAAGUGUAUUUAGGUCAUGUUGUAGACAAUACGGGCGAUAACCCAGUUAUACGCGUUACAAAAGAGCGCAUCAGAAAAUUGCGAAGAUUGAUCCGUCGCACAUUAAAUGCAGGUGUGGUACAAGCUAGAACUUUAGCUAGGAUAGCGGGACAAUGUAUUAGUAUGUGUAAAUGCGUGUUUCCCGGGAAACUUUUAUUGCGAAACAUUUACAGGUUGUUAAAAACUAGGUCUUCUUGGGCUGAAAAAUUACAAUUAGAUGAAUACAGUAGAAACGACUUAUUGUGGUUGUUGAAAUCAGUUGAACAGUGGAACGGUAAGGUGGUUAAGCCUCAUAUUAUUGAUUUACAGCUCACUACUGACGCGUCUGCAUCAGGCUGGGGCGGAUGGAUUCUCAACGAAAAGGCACAGGGCUACUGGGAACCAGAGUUCCAAUUUCCGCGAGUUGUGCGCUGUGUUAAUGUCCCUGCUCGCUUUCAAAGGCAAACUCAAAUGCAAGAAUGUGCAGAUCCUUUCAGACAAUGUUACAACCGUGGCUAUGAUCAAUGGCAUAGGGGGUUCAGUCAAGGCUUUAGACGAUAUAGCGCGAUCGAUUUUCAAGGUAGCGAUACAAUACGAUAUUCAGAUAUCAGCGAAAUACAUCGCGGGACGCGACAACACAACUGCAGACAGAUUGUCAAGGUCGAAAUACGAAUGGCAACUCCAUCCCAGUUUAUUUCGGUAUCUAGACAGAAUUUGGGGUCCUCAUCAGGGAGACAGGUUCGCGUCGCUCCAAUCAGCUCAACUACCAGUAUACAAUUCAUUGUACCUAGAUCCGUGUACGUCAGGGGUGGACGCACUAGCACAGGAUUGGCGUCACAAGAACAAUUUCGUGAAUGCCCCGUUCGCGUUGUUGCCAAAGGUCAUAAAUCUGCUGAAAACACAGAAAGCAGUGGCUACAAUCAUCGCGCCACACUGGAUAGCUCAACCUUGGUACAGAGACCUAAUGAACCUAUCUAUUGCGCCUCCAAUAGAGCUACCAGUGUCAAGUCGGACAAUUCGUUGUAUAGGAAAGUCAGAACCUCUGAAAAACAGGAAAUGGCGACUGUAUGCUUGGAGAGUGUCUGGGCUACGCGACUUAGAUGUUUAGGUUGGUCUAAAAGAGCAGCUACGCAAACUAUACAUUCGUUGGCUGAUUCAACCAUAUCUACAUAUAACAGUUACAUUAAAAAGUAUGUACAGUUUUGUGAAACUAGAAAGGUCAGGUAUGCCGAUAAUACAACAAGUGCUCAUAUAGCAGAUUUUCUUUGUUCAAUCUCUGACUCUUCAGAUCGUCUGGAAUCAUCCUUAAAAUUAUGUAUUGCAGCAUUGAAUAUUUUAUUUCACAAUCUCGGCCUACAAUCGCCAGCUCAGUGUAAAGAUAUUGAAAAACUUGUCACCUCUUUAGUCAAAACGGGAACUAAAAAGCCAAUGAAGAGGCAAGGUCCUAUGCCCAUUGAACCAUUUAUGGACUUGUUUAUGAAGUUGGGGGAAAAUGGCAUAUUGACGCUACGCGAUCUUAGAAUGAAGGCUAUUACCUUGCUGGCAUUGUGCGCCAUGACUAGGCCAUCGGACUUAGCACCUAAAGGCAAAACUUUUAACGUUCAAGAACAAACAACGUUUGCAAUGACUAUGAGAAAGCAAGAUGUUACUUUCAAAGAGGAUGGUUCAAUGACUGUUCAGUUCCAUGGGAUCAAAAAAUGA